UGUUGUGUGUCUGCCGCGUCUUUCUCGCUCGCUCCUCGACGCGCGCGACCUUCUCUCCUCUCCCGGCGGCGCGAAUAUAUACCACAUAAAACAUACUAACGUAACGUCGUAACCGUCGUCGCGCGAGUUAGUCGUUGACCGGCGUCGUAAUUGUCGUGACGUGUGUGUAUCAGACGGAAAAUGCUAAUCGGCACCAGUAGCUGCACGACUAUUAUUAUUAUCAAUAACAACUUGUCCGGUAUUUCUUAACGAUACGUGCAAUGAUCACCAGCGGUCUUGUGGUGGACGGCGUUAGCCACGGACUCCAGGCCCAUUUGCCGUAUAACCACCAGGCUGUUCAUAACCACCACCGUAUGUCGUAUGUGGAACCGUCGGCGUACAUGAAAUCCGUGGGUCCGCCGCCGCCUUCGCCACAGCAACAACAACAGCAGCAACAGCAACAGCAACAGUCUUCCGAGCUGCCAUCUACGCCAGAAUUCCUGCGGCCGUUGCCAAAACCGGCGCCCGUGAACCCUCUUAAGGCGCCCAGGGCGUCGUCAAAGUAUGCGGUGGAUUGUCGUCCGGUCAAUCUCACGGCCCCAAAAGAACCGUUGCCGCCACCUUCAGUGGAUCACCAACUCAGAUUGGACGACCGGCACCAUCCAUACCCCGUGUACGGACAUCCUCGACUCUACGUCAGUACGGCGCCUUAUCAUCCGUACCAUCCAAUGCACCAGCCACCUGCACCAUACGGUGUAUACACUAGCCCAUACGCGCCUGUCAUUCCGCGAGAUACCAGACACCAUCUGAUGCAACCGCCUCAGGAACGAAGGUACCCAAGUCCACCGAACAAGAAUAACGGUGUUAGCGUUGGAAAUCGAACCAGUCCAUCAUCGUCACCUCCCGAACAGUUCAAGAUUCCCAAUGGUCGGGAUAAUAAACCACCCCUACAGCUGCAGCAGCAGCAACAACAACGGAUACUACCGCCUCCCCAGCCGGCCACUACGGUAGCUACUGCUCCUGUCGUCAACCACAACAACAACAAUACUAACCACAUAGGCGCAACCGCGGAACCUUCGCCAAAGAAACUGCGGCGCACCACGCCAGAACCGCUAUCACCGCCAGCGACCAAGACGUCCAACUUCACCAAGGGUUCACUGAUACGGUUGGCCAACGGCAAUAUAAAAAAGGUUGAAGACAUGAGGACUGAAGACUUUUUGAACUCUGUGGAAAACAGCGACCUGCACCGGAUCGAUCCUAGCACAGUGGUGAGAAUCGAACCUGUAACGGAUUCGGCAGUUAAAGGCAACAUAAAGAUUACACUUAGCUACGGUGACCAAAGAAAUCAUCAGAUUGGCAAUGACAACAAAAAGACGAGUUCAGCGGCGUCCGUCGCGUCUGUGACGUCCAAGUCGCAACAGGUGGAAAUGGAGAGCAGUGCCGAACACCCGUACUUCGUGUUUGGCCGGGGCUGGGCGUCGUGGAGUCCGGCUAAGACGCUGGCCAAGUACGGGUUGACGUGCCAGAGGCUGCAGGUGGGUGACGUGUGCGUGUCACUGACAAAACGAGCGACGGCAGUGGCCUCGGACUCGACGACAACGACAACGGCCACGACCACGACAACGCCACCGCACGGAAAACGACGGCAGCAGCAUAACGCGUCUGCGGCCGUACAACAGCAACAGCAACAGCACCACAAUCAUCAGCAGCAACACCUCCACCAUCUCCAUCAACAUCAUUCGGCGGCGGCCGUUCAAAAAGCUCAGCUGCAGCAGCAGCAACAGUCCGCGGACGACGACAAGAACAGCAGGAACAAGAGACGGUGGUCCGCCCCUGACCCGGAAUCCGCUACUUAAGAACACGAUUUAAAAGAAGACGACUAUAAAAGAAAUCUCUGUGCCUAAAUGUUUUUUUUUUUCCCCCGUUUCUCGGCCACUCUAAAAUUUUCUGAACGCAUAAAUGACGACGGACUUCGGACGUUUACGCUAUAUCGUUAGCCGUUCGUUUAUCGUAUAUUUAUCAAUAUAAUUAUAUGAGAUAAUGAUGUACGCGAGAUUUUUACGGGAUAAAAACGACGUCAAAAAAAUCUUCUAGUCUCCUACCCCAUCCUCCAUUUUUCCUUUCAUCGAUGACGUGACAUAAUUUUGUUUCGUCUGGUUUUUGUACACUUUUAUAUUUUUCGUCAUGCCCGCUCGAAUCGAAUUGAUCCCAGAUAAUCUCGUGGUGGUGUUUAAUUCGACAUUUUUUAGGCCAUCGUAUGUAUGUUGGUAUGUAUAAUGAUCCCAAAUUUGCAGUUAUUACUUUUACUUCGAUGUAAUGUGUAAUUGUGCAAAGACUGAAAAUUCUAGAAAGGUUUUGACUGUAUUGAGAGAUGAUUUGUAUAUUUCGAGUAUUUGCAGUAUAAAAGUAUAUUAAAUAGUAAUUAUAAUUAUGCCAUGUGUGACCAUCUAGGAUCAGGGGGAGGCAAAACUAUAUAUAAAAAAAAAAAAAAAAACGUAAUGAUAAAC